AUUUUUUUAUACUAAAUUUAAAAGGUAAAUUUUAUUUUUUAAAAAAUUUGUUGAUUAGCAUUAUAUCCUUUCGAUAUGGAGACAACUGCAACUAUUCGUACCAGAAAAUUUAUGACAAAUCGUUUAUUAAGUCGAAAACAAAUGGUCGUAGAUAUAUUGCACCCAGGUAAAGCAACCAUGCCCAAAGUAGAGAUAAGGGAUAAAUUGGCAAAAAUGUACAAAUGCACAUCAGAUUUAGUGUUUGUGUUUGGUGUUCGAUCUAAGUUUGGUGGAGGUAAAUCAACAGGCUUUGCUUUGAUAUAUGACACAUUAGACCUUGCCAAAAAAAUGGAACCUAAAUAUAGGCUACAGAGACAAGGGUUAUAUGAGAAGCCUAAAUCUGGUAGAAAACAACGUAAAGAAAGGAAAAAUAGGCAGAAAAAAGUCAGAGGAACAGCUAAAGCCAAAGUUGGUUCAGCAGCAGCAAAAAAGACUUAAAUUUGAUAUUAGGCUAAUUUUUCAUAUUUAUGUAUAAAAUACCAAUAUAAUUCAAAUAAAAUUUAUUCCUAUUCAGAUUGUAUAAAUUUAAUUUAUCUUACAUAAAAUAGCAUUACAAAAUAA